AUGGCUACAAACAUGGCGGCCUGCACCACCACCACAAAGAAUAUACUCGAAGAAGAAGAAAAUAUGUCAAGAAUAGAGGAGGACCGACUGAAUGACUUGCCGGAAUCCUUGCACCAUCACAUUCUCUCACUUCUCGACACCAAAGACGCCGUUCAAACAUCGAUGAUCUCAAAAUCAUGGCUUAGGCUCUGGACUUCCAUGCCGGUUCUUCACCUCAACAGCUGUAAUUUUCGUUAUGUUGUUAAUUUCGAUAAGUUCGUCAACAGUGUUUUACGUUAUCGUGAUGAAUCCGCCAAGUUAAACACGUUAACCUUCAGCCGUCGUGGCGUAUGCAGUGCGAAGAUUGUAAAGGAAGUCGUGGAUUACGCAUUAUCUCACGGCAUCAACCACUUGGAACUCUUCAUCAAACGUUUCAAAAACUAUUCUCUGCCUGUUUCUGAGCAAACCUCCUCCGAUUCAUUGAAAACCCUGAAACUAAAAAUUCAUAGUUAUGUUAGUUGUCCGCUUCUCUCGGGAUCAUUCAAGAAUCUAACUUUUUUGUACCUCCAAGGGGCGAUUAUAAAGAAUCAUCAACCCUUUUCAGGGUUUCCGAUGUUGGAGAAGUUGGUAUUGAAAGAUUGUCGUCUUUGUAAGAUUCUGAGUGUGCAGGCUCCGAAACUUUGUGAUUUAACCCUCUCAUGCCAUGGUUGUUUCGAUCGUUGCGAGCUCACGACUCCAAAUCUAAGAUUCUUCAAGUAUAUGGGUUCUGAUUUUCCACUCUUGGUAACCCAUGAUGGUCUUCCUGUUCUUGAGACGGUGGUGAUCGAUUACUAUGGUGUUUGUUACGAUUUUGAAGAGCAGAGGUUGUUUGAUGAUCUGAUAUCUCUAUUUUGGGCCCUUGAUAAUGCGAAAUCGCUUACUAUCUUCUCGACGAUUGUUGAUGUUCUUAAUUUGUUUCCAGAUGAUUUGGUGAAUCUGAAUUCACCCUUUCGCAAGUUGAAGUGUUUGAAUCUGGAUCUCAAGUACCUGGGCAUGUAUGAAAACUUAUUUGAUAGCCUUCUUCCUGGCAGGCGGUUGAAUAUCAAAAGGUCUUAUGAGCUCGUGAAAGCUUACUUGCUCAACAAGUCUCCUGAGGCCAAAUUUAGCAUCAUACCUCCUCCUAAUAACGACAUUUGA